AUGUAAAAUUAUAGUAGUGAUGAAGAAAUCUCAUCAAUUCCAGAAGAUGAAUAUUUAGAUUAUGAUAGAUAGGAUUUUGAAGCUAUUCAAUUCGCUAAUAUCAAAUAAAACAUUAGUGAAGACGAAUAAGAAAAUGAAGAUGACGAUGAAGAAGAAGUUGAAUAAGAAAAGGAUAACAAAUUACAAAAAAUAGGAAUUAAAUUUAAAUUGCCUUAAAGAAAUUAAGUUGAAAAUAAGAAAUCUCUAUCUAACUUAAAUAAUCAGAAAGUAUUGACUGAAGCUACAAAUUAAUUAAAAAAUAUUAGUAAAAUUGAAAACAGGCCUUCUACUUCAUAAUCCUACAAACCUAUUUAUACCACUAGCAUUCACCAAAGCCAAUAAAUGCAAAAGAAAUAUAAUUAUAAACAAAAAUCAUUUAAUACACUACCAAAAAGAUCUGAUCCCGUAGCUAGAUAUUAAUAGAUGUCAUCAUAAUGGAAGAAAACUAAGUUUUUAUAAAAUACUAAUGGAUUAAAGGAAGGUAGAAAAUUGAAUUUAGAUACAAGAAUUGAAUAAUAAAAAUAAGAAUUAAAAGAAUCUGGAAUGUUUCAUAGAUACAUUGCUAAGUCGUAAUUAUUUCUGUGA